AAAAUGUUACCAGAAGGGUAUGAAAAGAAAAUAUGUGCCAAAGGUCCUGUUUUUCAAGACACUGUGAUGAUGGCUGGUACACCACUUGGUGUAGCUGCACUGAAAUUCAAUAAGAACAUUUUCAAUAUUGUUCUCAGAGUCUUCGCUACCGAUUUAGAUGUAAUGAACAGUAACAGGGACAACAUUAUUCACUCUUUGAUCAAGUAUGCCCACAUACAGCCAGAAAAACUAAACAAGGUUGUUGAAAUGAUCAGUUAUGUGAUUGAUUGCAAAUUUGUCAAUGAUAGUACUUGUGGUUACGAGGACAAGAGGCGACGGAAAUUGAGGGAGAAGUCCCGGAAAUUGUUGAUGAUGACAAACAAAGAUGAAAUGAAUCCCCUUCAAUUGGCAGGCAAAAGACAACAGUUUCAGAUUUUCGACCUCAUUAUGCAAAAUGAGGUUUACCGUAGCACGGAGUCGGGAGAUGGAUUUUUCAAUGAAGAAAGUUACGACAUUACUGAGAUAGAGACACUCAAGUUGAAAAGGGAAGAAAUCAAUUCUAAAAAUCUUGAGGAUGAUAUCAGACCUGAACACCAUGAAUCCAUUUUGGAAUACCUUGUCCACCAGGAAACUAAAACGGCAUUCCUCUUUGUUGAUUGUCUUCCUAUAAAAGAAGUUAUACGAGAAAAAUGGAAGUUCUACAGAUGGGUUUUCUUAAGCUGGUUUGUGUUCCAUUUGGUGUUCAUGGUCGUUCUUUCGGUAGCUGCAGUUUACAGGUCAAAAGUGAAGGCGCCCGUUUCUAGAAAUACCAAGAUUGAAUUUACAUAUGUUGUUACACAUGACACGUUUGUAUCCGUAGUAUCUGUCGUCGGCCUUGUGUUUGGUUUAUUAUACUUGAUGAUGGAAAUAUCUAGAGUUCUGAUAUCACGCUUUCUGUACAGACCAUCAUCAAAUCUUCUAAAACGUGUACUUCGUAAUAUUAGUUCACCUUAUUCCAAUCAAAUUUUUAGAAUAUAUUUUACACUUUUUUCUUUGCUUCUCAUACUUGAUUGUGUUAUUGCUGCAACCGAGGCUUCUGGAUCUUUUUCAGGAUAUGAAAAUUACUGCCUUAUUUUCGUUGUUAUUAUAGGCUGGUAUUUGACAUUAUUCUUUUUACAAACCUUCAAAGCUUUCAGUAUUUUCUCUGUUUUGAUUCAGAGAGCGAUUGUGGACAUGCUGAAAUUCGCACUUGUUAUGACUUUUCUUCUCGUCGCUUUUUCAGUAGCGAUGUAUAUGAUCAUGCAGGGAGUAGAAACGGAUGAAGACGACUUUGAUUUCUUUAGCACAACGCUGUUCAAAAUGCUGACCAUCAUGCUUGGUAUAGGAGAAUUGGGAGUAUUGUUUCAAGCUCGUCAACCGUAUUUAGCUAUAUUUGUUUUUGUUUUGUUUGUAUUGUUGACAACCAUUUUACUCCUUAACGCCCUUAUUGCAAUUAUGUCAAACUCAUGUACUGAUUUGAUGAGCAACUAUGGAGGUGAAGUCGCUGCAAAACUUCAUUGUCGUUUACAAAAAUUGUCUGCAAUUCUAUUUUUGGAAGGUUGUUUUCCUAAUUUUCUUUGUAAAGAAGUUGGUGUAGAAAAAAGAAAACAUCGAUACCAUAACAACGAAUGGGAAAAAAAUGUAUUGAGACGAAUUUGGAUGAGGACAUCUGUUCAUAAACAUAAUAGAGCAAAGGACACUGAAAAAGCUACGCAUAUAUUAAACAACACCUCGCCGAACGAAGGAGUUGUUUCGAUGAUAAUGCAAAACUUAAAUCCAUAUCUUGAAAGUUUGAAGUUACCAGACAGCAAAGUGACUCCAGUAAACACCACAACGCAUUUCAUAAAUGAACCUGAGGUUAAUACCGUUGAAGGUGAAAACAGCGAUACCGUCGCCAUAUGUCGGACUUGUAAGCGUGAGAUUGAGGUUACUAGUUCAUUAUUUACACCAAUGUCGACGAGACAUUGAUAAGUGAGACGAGAAGACGAGACGAGACAAGAAGUGGGCAGUACGCAUCGAAUGUAUUGACAUGUACACGUUUUUGUGUAACGUUUUAUAUUGUCAACUUCCCUCUUAAGCAGUUGAAGGGAUGUAUUAAAUUACAUAAAAAUGUUUAUGUUUCUUUAGUUAACGAUUUGACUAAAAAUUUUGUACGAAAUUAUCCGCCUGUGUUGUCAUAGAGACCUAGCUUUUACGCUUGCAAAUCAAAACGAAGUCUUUUUUGUGAUGUUAGGCUUUACGCAGUGAUGUUUGUAACGUUUCAUAACUCAAAUAUAGGGUGAAGAGUUCUAAGUGUUAACUGGAGGCUUAUAAUAUUGUACAUUUUACAAGUGUUUUAAUAUAUUAAGCAGAGAAUUAGAAAAUCAAAAAUAAGUGAGGUAAGACAUUUUGAGGUCUUCCUCCAUCUGUAGGCAGAAAAGUCGCCAUAGGACCUCUACUGUGCUGGUGAAACAUAAAACUCAACCUUAAAGUGAUGUAAGGUAGUUUUAAAGUAUUGAAAUUUUAAAGAUUGGCUACGUCAUGAGUUAUCUUUUUAUAUUUAGCUGCUGUUUACGAAACUCUUACGAAUUGUAUUAAAUAUUUCAACCCAUUUAUAUCUGAUUGCUCAACAUGCAUUAAUAUAAAUUAUAUAGCUAUAUGACAUUGUAUAAACAAUAAUAAAAAUAUAUUAACUU